UCCCGUAGAGACUGUCCCGCCUUUCUAUCGCCACUCUCUCUAUGAUAAGUUAACGUGCAGCUAGCAGCUCUCCUGCAGAAGAUGGGAGGCGGCUAGGGCUGUUCUUCGCCCAUAUAAUUGCUUUCCAGCCCCGCACUUGGCCGCUCUAUCUUUAGUUGUUCCUCCUGGUGUCUAUGGUUCAGUUAAAGGGGCCGUUCGGCUUUCAGGGCUGCGGGAUCCCGAGAUGCUGCUUACGGUGAAGGCGCUCCAGGGCCGGGAAUGCAGCCUCCAGGUCUCCCCGGAUGAGCGUAUCUCCUCUCUGAAACGUCUGGUCUCAGAGAAGCUGAAUGUCCCCGUGUCCCAGCAGCGCCUGCUUUUCAAAGGCAAGGCUCUGGCAGAUGAGCACCGUCUCUCUGACUAUUCUAUUGGGCCUGAGUCGAAACUCAACCUUGUGAUCAAGCCACCAGAGAAGGCGUCACCUGAGGACCCUGGCCGGAGACCUAGUCCCCCACAGAAUCCUGCCAUCUGGCACACACUGGCCCAAGUCGUUGGCAGGCAUUUCAGUGUGGCUGAUGCUGAGAAGGUGCUUGAGCAACUGCAGAAGGAUUAUGAGCGGAGCCUUCGACUACUGAGCUUGGAUGACAUUGAGCGUUUGGCUACACGUUUGCUUCACCCUGAGGUGGCUGAGGCUGUAGAAAUGGGCUUUCUGGAUUAGCUGCUGAACUUGGGGACUGAGCCCUGUCUGCCCCUUUUGGAUGCAGAGCCCCUGGGCAGGGCCCAGUUUGGGGCUUAAUGGGAGUGAUCCCUCUGGACUGCUGUUAAAAGGGCACAGAGCAUCUGUAACCACUCCCCGUCCAUUAAAGGUGGUGAUGGGUGAGACUGAUCUGCUCUGUCUAAUAUGUUUGGCUGAAGUGGGGAGUAUCGUUUAUAUAUAGAGAGAGAUCACUUGCCCAGUACUGAGAGAUGAAGUUACCUUUGGGGUGGGGGCAGCUUUUUAUCCAUGGAUUUUCUUGUUCACCAUUAAUGCCCGGUUGCCUCCAAUAGAUUAAUAUUUGUUGUUUUAGCCAAAGGCUGGCUGAGCAAUAAGAGUCCAUCAGAAUUUAUAGGCAGAAAACCAAAUUGGAAUGUGAAAUCUGAAAAUACAAAUUUUGAAAAACUGA